ACACUCCCGAUUCUUGCUUGAUGCAUCAUCCUCAUUUGCCAUUCGCCAAGGCCGCAGCCGGCUACACGUAAGAGCAGUACAACCAGCACGCAGCGCCACGACUCUAGGAGCCAGCUCGCCGUUGGAGAACGCACUUCUCGCCGCAACCGCCUCUAACCGCCGGACCCGCCGACAAUCAUCCCUCCGCUGCGCAGCCGCCGCUCUCUGUAUUCUCCGUCCGGUAGGGUUUUCGUACAGAAAAGUUGAAGAAUGAGUAGAGGAAGCGGAGGGGGCUACGAUCGGCACAUCACGAUCUUCUCUCCCGAAGGUCGUCUCUUCCAAGUCGAGUACGCGUUCAAAGCCGUUAAGGCCGUCGGAAUCACCUCCAUUGGUGUGCGUGGAAGAGAUUCCGUUUGUGUUGUUACUCAGAAGAAAGUUCCAGAUAAGCUAUUGGACCAGACAAGUGUGACCCAUUUGUUUAAAAUCACAAAGCAUUUAGGACUUUUGGCUACUGGAGUGACUGCUGAUGCCAGGACACUAGUCCAACAGGCAAGGAAUGAAGCUGCCGAAUUCCGUUUCAAAUAUGGAUACGAAAUGCCAGUAGAAGUGCUUGCCAGAUGGAUUGCAGACAAAUCCCAGGUUUAUACUCAGCAUGCCUACAUGAGACCCCUUGGAAUAGUUGCGAUGGUUGUGGGCAUUGAUGAUGAAAAGGGACCUCAGCUCUUCAAGUGUGACCCAGCUGGUCAUUUUUUUGGUCACAAGGCAACAAGUGCUGGAUCAAAAGAACAAGAGGCAGUUAAUUUUCUGGAGAAGAAGAUGAAAAAUGAUCCCGUUUUCUCCUAUGAGGAAACCAUUCAGACUGCAGUUUCUGCUCUUCAGUCGGUAUUACAGGAGGAUUUCAAGGCCAGUGAGAUUGAGGUUGGUGUUGUGAGGAAAGAUGAUCAAACUUUUAGAGUGUUAUCAACAGAUGAGAUUGAUGAGCACCUGACGGCUAUCAGUGAGCGUGAUUAAAUUAAAUUAUUACCGCCACUCCGUUUUCAACAAAUAUUGAAAGUUGUGUCUUCACACUGAUUUUGCUUGCUGUUUAUGAAAAAAACAUGGUUUGGAAAUUCCUGCCUGAUACUCCAUGCUUCUACGCUAUAAUUAUGAUCAUGUAAUCUAGUCUCAUAUGAAGUACUACUUCCGUCCCGUUGGAAGGUUCCCAUAGCAAAACAGCACGGUUAUUUAGACAAUAAUUAAAUAAAGUACUUCGAGUAUAUCUUAAGAAAUAAUUUUAAUAGGUACCUACCUCCACCC